AGAAUUCGGGUUUUUAUGAAAGUUUUUGGUUGUGCUGAAGAGAGAUAAUGUCCAUCUCGAUGUCCAAGCUUAAUCAAGACAUUCUGCAACUACCGUAGUAAAAUUGCUAAAUAGGAGCAGAAUGACAGAAGUCGAAAUCAACAUGGACCAGUAACCGAACAAAAACCAUUCAACAUGCCGAGUGCCUUAUCGUGCCUUCCAGAAAUCUUCGCUAACCUUCUAGUAAUAUUAUGCCUGACGAGGACUGGCUAUGGGUGGUUGCCUGAUUUGAGCUCAAAACUUGUAAAUAGUAUUAAUCGAAUCCCUAGUAUUAGUUUCAAGAGUAAUGCAUCAUUACCUGACCAUUUCACUGUCUUGUAUCAAGACGACAACUCCAUUUUAUUGGGUGGCAGAGAGAAGGUUUACAAUUUGUCGGUGUUCGAUUUCAACGAGAGAAAGGACUCUUCCAUUUAUUGGGCCUCGUCCGAGGCGCAUUCUCAGCUGUGCAAUCUCAAAGGCAAGGCCGAAGAGGACUGCCAAAAUUACAUAAGAAUAUUGUUCCAGACUACGCCUGGAAAAUUUCUGAUUUGUGGCACCAACUCUUACAAACCGCUUUGCAGGAUUUUAAGGCGACAAAAUGACAAGAUGAUCGUCGAAAAGGAAAUGGAGGGCACUGGCUUGUGCCCUUACGAUCCGGAGCAUAACAGCACCGCUGUAUACAGUAGCGGUCAUUUAUUUUCAGCGACGGUGGCCGAUUUUUCAGGAACCGAUUCCCUGAUCUAUCGAGAGCCGCUUCGCACAGAACUAUCGGAUCUCAGACAACUUAAUGCUCCGAACUUCAUAAGCUCUCUGACGUACGGCGACUACAUCUACUUCUUCUUCCGCGAGACGGCCGUCGAGUACAUGAACUGCGGCAAGGUCAUCUACUCGAGGGUGGCCAGGGUGUGCAAGCACGACAAAGGCGGCCCACAUCAGUCCAGCGGCCGAUGGACCACCUUCCUCAAAGCUAGACUGAACUGCUCGAUUCCCGGAGAGUAUCCGUUCUAUUUCGACGAAAUACAAUCGACUAGCGACAUCGUAGAAGGCAGGUACGGAGAAGACAGAGCUGAAAAAAUAAUCUACACCGUCCACACGACCCCCACAAACUCGAUAGGCGGCUCUGCUCUGUGUAUAUUCACCAUGGCCAGCAUACAGGACGUGUUCGGCGGCGCUUUCAAGCACCAGGAGAGCAUCAACUCGAACUGGCUGCCUCUCUCCGAGAGCGUCGUCCCGAAUCCCAGACCGGGCGAAUGCGUGCCCGACAGCCGCGUGCUAGCCGACAGGAACGUCAACUUCAUCAAGACGCACCCGAUGAUGGAGGAGGCCGUGGGGGCCAUGCACGGCAGGCCUGUCUUGGUCAGGGUCAGUCUGCAUUACAGGUUCACUGCGGUGGCGGUGGACGGUCAGGUUAGGACGAUCGAUGAUGAGACGUACGAUGUGGUUUAUAUCGGCACAGAUAAUGGGAAAGUGUUGAAAAUGGUGAACAUUCCUGGGAUAAAUAGCACCAAAGCUCAUGUGAUCUCUGAAAAUGAAGUGUUCUCCAUAAACACUCCGAUAAGGCAGCUCAAAACAGCACCUGGCUAUGGAAGAGUCAUUGCUGUUACCAAGGAUGAGGUCAAACUGAUAACCCUUAACCAUUGCGAAACCAUCCAUCACUGCAACGAAUGCAUGGAAUUGAGGGACCCCCACUGCGCAUGGGACCUGAUGAAGAGCGCCUGCGUCAGCCUGGACGCUGUCACCUCCUUCCGCUACCUCGUCCAAGACGUAAAAAACGGCAACAUACUCAAGUGCAAGAACUCGCCGACCAACGACAACGAAGUGUCAGUUGUCAAGCACGAAAGAAAAGAAUUCGCGGACGAUCCCCUGGAAGAUGACGGUUUCGUGGACGAGCUGAAAUCGAAAGAAGCAGCAGAGGAGGAGAGGAAAGAAUGUGGGGAUUUGGGAAGAGUGGCCUCUGAUUAUCUGCAUAUGAUUGUCGGUGGGGCUAUAGUUGGGGGGCUGGUUUUCGGGUUCGUUUGCGGGUAUUUGGUGUCGAGAAGAUUUCACGCGCAUCCCAAUGCGCCGUCUUUUAUCGAACAAAGGAACCAUUUGGAUAGACUGAACGUGAAUCAAAAUAGUUUUUUAACCCCCAGACCGAAGACAGUCAAUCUGGAUGUCUUGAAUGUCUCAGCGGAGACUCUGCCGCCCAAGAAGGAUAAUUUGGAUUCGUUGAAGAAUUUGAAUAUUACUAAUGAAGGAACUCUACAGAAGAUAAAGAAAACUUAUAUUUGAUACAAUACAAAUACAAUUAAUUUUUUUCUAC